UCUAGGAGUUGUCCUAAGAAUGCCUCUCGUCCUGUCUUUGUCGUCAUCGUCCGAUCAAUCAGUCUCGCCGCGAUCUGGUCGAUCUGAUGUCUCUACUACAUGCGAUGAUGUUACGCGCCAAUCGCUGAAGCUUCGUAAUCGCGAAGUCCCUUGCACGACUUACCAGGUGGAGGUUAUGAAUGAUGGGUAUCAUCAUCAUCAACAACGCAUCAUACAAGAAAAUGGAGACCCGAAGGAGAAUAUUAUGAAUCCGACGUCUGCGGUGAAAUUCUUAUCAGCAAUCAUCACAGCGUUGACUAUAACUAUUCAACAGAGCGAGGCGGAUGGUGAAGUCUUUGGACCAGGGGUGCUUACACGCUUUCAUGCUGUCAAUGUGCCAACUAUCCCUUUGGGAACUUAUCUAAGACGUCUUGCUAGGAAAUUUAAUUGUUCUACCAUCUUCUUUAUCAUCGCUCUCAUUUACAUCGACAGAGUUAAGCUAGGGCGGCGCGAAACAUUCAGGAUCAACUCAUACAGUAUUCACAGAUUGCUACUAUCAGCACUCCUGGUCUCCAUCAAGUUCUAUGAUGACUGUUAUUACACCAAUGCGAAUUAUGCUAAGUUCGCAGGGGUCCGCUUGGCUGAGCUUAACUCCCUUGAGGAGGGAUUUCUCAGACUCAUAAACUGGAAACUGACCGUCACCGCAGAAGAGUUCGAGGCCUACAGGACUUUACUCGGGAACAUCUCGAACGAGGUAACUCUGCUCCCAUUGAAACCCCUUGCUCCGUCAACUAUCGAUGAUGAUGGAAAGGUGUGGUAUGACGUUUGAAGACGUGAUACCUUCCAGUCAUCUGAUCAAUCGCUGUUCGUUAUUCCCCUGUUGCCCUUCCUCUGUUAAAAGAUGGCGGAAUAUCGAGGAGUGAAUAGUCGAUUAUCUAUCUUGAACUGCAACCUCCAUUUUUAUCUCUGCUCGAGAUACCUCAUGCAUUUUGCUGCUGCUGCUGCUGCUCAUAUUCGUCUACCUCGUUGAUCGAUGCGUGGUUCGACCGAGCACUCUGUAACCAGCCUUGACCGUCUACCGAGCUCGUUUCUCACCAACGCUUUGACC